AUGUCCGAUACUCUCGCGGAGCCCAAGACGUCGGUGAUUGUGAAUGAGCGAAAACGCAUCACCUCCAAAUUCGUUGACGGUAGCGAGAUGGUGGAGGAGUUUGACGUCAUCACCGACGACCUGCUGCUUCGGAAGCGCCGGGUAAAGACAGCGCUUGGGAACUUUGGUGACUGGCAGGUGGAGGUGGGAAACGAACUGCGGGUGCGCAGCUUGGAGAAGGAGCUGUUGGUUGAGGCAAACGGCAGCCCAGAACUCGUGCGGCAGGACACCCCCGAGUACCACGUGUUCCGUAUUCGAAAUUUGCCCUACGCACGGGAGGUGUUUAGCGUGGCGGUGGAGCAUCGCGAGCCUGGAGACGCCGGGGAGAUUGUUGUGCGCACUAGCAACAAGAAGUACUUCAAGCGAUUGACCAUCCUGGACCUGCAGCGGCGCCACAUUCAACUUGAUCCCACCCACCUUUCCUACGAGGUACAGCAUAACACAUUGAUUGUUCGCUACAAAAAGCCCCUCGCAAUCUUGGUGGCGGACGCUGCGGCCAAAAAGGAAAGGGCCGCUCUACCAGCGCGACGCAUAGAUGGCGCGGAAGGCGCUGGUGGUGGUGGAUGUGCUCAGCAGUGA